AUGGCUGGCUUGACGCAGGCGAUGAUGGAGGCGGCAAGCCGCGGGGAGAUGUUUGAGCAGGAGCGGGAACCUUAUGACGACGAGGUGCUGAUGUGCGGAUACUUGAUCAAGCUGGGCCACCGCGUUAAGAACUGGAAGCAUCGGUGGGUCGUGGUGCGCGGUAACGGGCGCCUGCAGUACUUCAAACAGAGCCCGACAGCAGCAAAGCCGCUCAUCGCCAUGCGGCCGCAAGGGCAGAUCAACCUCCGCCGCGACUGCUUGGAGCUCAUCACCUGGAACCGCUGCAACGAGGUCAUGCAGGAUCUGAGCGCGCGCACCGUGCAAACCAUCAAGUGGCCAGACUUGGGCAAUGAGCACAGCGCUUUUGGCAUCCGCACCACGUACCGCGACUUCCUCUUGGUGGCCCCGGAUGGCGACGCACAAUCGUGGGUGCAAGGGCUGGACGAGGUGUGCCGGCGCUGUGACAUUUACGAGGGCAUCGACCAGAUGUGCUCUUCGAGCAACGACAAAACCAGCGGCAGCGGCAACGGCAACGGCAAACCACACCCGGACCGCUCCAGUACGCUGCCGUCGUCCCCUUUCAACUCGAUGCCUCCGACACUCGCGAGCGAGCGCGCGUACUCGCAGGCGUCUCGGCCGCGGCCCGCUGCCACCCGCCUGCCGGAGGGCACGUUUGACUUUGAUGAGGAGGAUAACGACGAUGACGACGACGACACGGACGACGAUCCCGGCGCAGGGUACGAGCGUGUUCGCGACGCUCUCGAUGCAUCACACACAUCGCAAUCUGCCCCAUCCUCCACAGCCUCCUUAGUUCACAGCCCCGCAAGAGCAUCAUGA